ACGAAUUUGAAUUGAAAGGGGAUUUGGACAAGCCAAUUCUCCUCCAGAACAUAGUGCACUUGUACGCAUCUACGCAGAGCAUCAAGAACCACCAGCACUGUUGUCACAUCAUGCCGUCCGAAGACCAAGCAGUCCAAGAUGCCAAAAAGACAGCCAUUUCAUAUGCAACAGAUUGGGGCAGCUCCCCCCUGCCUCCAAUGUUUCUUGCUACCCUCAUAACAGCGCUCCAUGCGAGGCCCUUUCGACCGCUCCCCAUGAUCUUUCCACCCGUGCUUCUCUUCAGCACCUAUCUGAACCUCUCCGAUUUCACCGUGGACUCUGCAGGGCUUACCGCUGCCUGGUCUGGGUUGUAUUUGUUGCUUGCGCGGAGGAGGAAGGUCGCUGGGGCGAAUUUUGGGUCGCACAUAGGAAACAAAUUUGGGGCGAGAGGGUUGACUAGGGGUGCUGCUAUGAUGCUUGCUGGUGCCAAUGUCGCUGGUGGUGGAAUUACUUACGCAUUUGGGCGGAGAAAGAAUGACGAGGGAGAGAAUAGCAUUUGAAAUUUUUUCCUGGAAUGUAACAGUGGCGGAAUUGUACGAUAGCUCAGAAGAGAGCAAUUGUAUGAUAUUCGACCACAAGGUCACGAAAUCUAGAGACCAAUAGCCUGCGAGGCAGGAAUGCCUGUUCGAUUUGUCGCUGCAAUAUUCAUGCCAGGUUUUGAAGAAUUCCAUCCAAACUCCAAAGCCAUCUCUAUUGCCUCCAUUUCCAUAAAUCCCGGCACUUUUCUCACCAGAACAACGCCGUGGCCAGCAAGAUCAUUAUAACCAUAACCGUAAACAUGACCAUUUGCGCCAUUCUAGGCCCUUGAAGCACUGUAUCGUCUGAUCUGUGGGUAUUGUCGGCGAAGAGACCUCGCAAGGUCGAUGCUUGAUACUCCUUGAUGUAUUCAACAUCGCAAUCUCGAACUUUGGGUUCCGCGUAGCCUCUGUACUCCUCC